AUGUACUUGUCGGCUGAGAAAACAAAAGUCGCCCUCUCCUCAACCUCCCGAGUCCCGCCGUGGAGCCCAAUGCAACGCUCACAGACGCUGCUCAUUUCACCUCAUAUCCCCAACAUGCACAGAAAGACUGAUACAGGCACUGCAACCGGUCUACCCAAUCCACCACAGCCCCGGCUGUUUCCGUCGUGGUACCUGGUCCUUGACAAGUCCACAUUCCUAUUGGUGACAACUCUCACACGCGCUGUCUCUCCCGCCAAGCGCAAAGAAGAAAAGCUUCUUGUCCUACUCGGUAUUAUUAUCUUGUUCAAUCUCUUUGUUCAAUCGGCAAUGUUCCUUGUUGUACGGAGCACCACCACACUCUAUUCAUCCAUUCUUCCAAUUACUGAUGAUAAUCCUGAUAUUAUUAUUAACUUGCUCUGCGUCGCUAGCGUGGCUCCUCACACCGCCCGCCUUGCGUUCCAGGAUCAGCAAGCCCGGUUUCACGGGGCUCUGGCCAGUGUAUGCAUCGCCCGUCAAUGCACUACCGCACACCUCAGACGCUUCUCAUACGCCAUUGUCGACCCUACAUUCAACUUCACCCGAUGA